CUGAGGCGCUUUGUUUGUGAAAGCUAAGCGUUUAGAUAGAGCCGCCACUCCAAAAAGUCAGUGGGAUUGCCCUGCGUGUUUUUUUCUCUUCUUUUUCUGCCGUAUCUAAAUAUAAGACGGUGACAAAUAGUCCAAAUAGCCUACAGUAGCAACCCAACUGUGAUGUGGGGGUGGUGCGGCUCUAUCUCCAAAAGUCUCCUCUGUUGGAUCCGGAGUGCGUCAAGAGAAGGUCGCAGAGUGCCUCAGCUGCCGCGCGCGGCCGACUUUCCCCCUUUCAGCUCGUUACCAUGAAGAGACAAAACGCCAGGACACUCGCCCUCAUCGUCAGCAUCCUCACCUACCUGGUGGUCGGGGCGGCCGUCUUCGAGACCCUGGAGUCCAAACAGGAGAAAAGUCACAAGAGGAGGCUGGACGCCAGGAAGUACGAACUCAUGCGCAAAUUUAACUUGACCAAAGCGAACUUCGAGGAGCUCGAGCUCGUCGUUUUACAGCUCAAACCUCACAAAGCCGGAGUCCAGUGGAAAUUCGCGGGCUCCUUUUACUUCGCCAUCACUGUGAUCACGACCAUAGGUUACGGCCAUGCAGCGCCCAGCACCGACUCAGGGAAGGUGUUCUGCAUGUUCUAUGCCCUGCUUGGGAUCCCGCUCACCCUUGUAAUGUUCCAGAGCCUGGGAGAGCGCAUCAACACGCUCGUCAGAUACCUGCUGCAUCAAGCCAAAAAGUGCCUGGGAAUGCGUCAGACUGAGGUCUCCAUGGCAAACAUGGUGACGGUCGGCUUCUUCUCCUGCUUGAGCACUCUGUGUGUGGGAGCCGCGGCGUUCUCCCACUGCGAGGGAUGGAGUUUCCUGCAUGCCUUCUACUACUGCUUCAUCACGCUCACCACCAUCGGUUUUGGAGAUUACGUGGCCCUGCAGAGGGACGACGCGCUGCAGAACGACCCGCGCUACGUGGCUUUCUGCUUCGUCUACAUCCUCAUGGGCCUGACGGUGAUCGGGGCGUUCCUGAAUCUCGUCGUGCUUCGCUUCCUGACCAUGAACACCGAGGACGAGCGCCGGGACGCCAAGCAGAAGGCCUUGAUGACCGUAGGCAAGCCCCGAGGGGAGGUGACUCGUCUUCUACCGCUCUCGACCUCAACCUCGUCCACCGUCGUAGCCAACGACGCCACAAAGGCUAAAGAUUUAAAAGGUGCUUACACCGAGGUGUUGCAUUUCCAAACGAUAUGCUCCUGCUUGUGGUACAGAAGCAAAGAGAAGCUGCAGGGCUCCAUACCCACCAUGAUCCCUCAGGAGAUGACUUUCUCGGAUGCCUACUUGCAGCAGAACAGUAACUGUCCUCACUACAUGGAUCCUGGAUCAACAGGCUGUGUGUGCAGUCCACGUCAAUGCACCAGCAUAAGCUCCAUAACAACAGGCCUACACAUUCUGUCUCCAUUCAAUCUGUUUAAGAGACGCAGCUCCGUUUAGCCUUUCACAGCAGCUGAUGACAACACUUAACUGCAACUAGAUGUACGUGGUGCUACAAUCCUAGUAUUCCAAGAGUAUAAUGCGCAAAAAAAAAGAAAAAAAAGGAGUAUGCACACAGCAAAGUCUUGAUCAAAUAUGUAAUGAAGACAGAACAGCCAAACAGAGGGUUUCAUUUUGAGGCUUUGUGUGUGUUUGUGUGUGUGCUCAACGGAGUUAGGUCCAACCGGUUCGGAGUCACGUGGGUCACGGCACAUGAACACAAUGUGGUGCAUGUUGCGCCUAUCAGAUGGUUGGCCGGUGAAAUCAACAGAGUGAGAUGACGGUGAAAUGAAGAGAAACAAGAACUGAAUCUUGUUUUACCUGCAGCAAAUAAGGAUUUUGCAUUUUCAUUAACGAGCGUGGCAUUACUUCCUAAAUGUUUCCUUUAUUCAUUCUGUUCCUUCAUCUUUUACGUUUAGGGGUGUAUCAGUAUAUCCAGACAAGAUUUUAGCAAUACUGUUGUUAUAAAGAAUCUCCAUUUUUUUCUCCACAGAAAUAGCAAAGGUUUCAUAAACCACUGUUUUUCUCAUUCUCUCUCUGUUAUCAGAGUACAACAUUCCAGUCAAGGUUUGACAAUUAUAUAUAUUUAGUGCUUAUCUCUGUCUAAGGUGACCCUGAUGUGAACAAGAGAUAAGUAAAUGUCACCCUGCUUGUUAAAGAUACUAUGAAAAAGCCCUUUUUGUUUAAUGGAAAGCAACUCAGUUAGCUUUCCAUUAGCACCAUUCGUGGCUAACAGUUAGCCAGACAUGUAAACCUUUGCAUUAAUCACUGUUUCUUUUUUCUGUCAUAAAUAAUGUCACACACUUGAUUUAAAAUUACUAUAGACUUCUUCAAAUAAUUUUGGAUUUUACCUACUCCAUAGGGCAACUCAAGAACGACUUCCUUUUCUGCUGGUGUCAGACUUAAAUCACACACUUUCAUAGCAGGGGUCCAGAAUAAUCAAUGGCACUUAUUUCACCUGACAAGGCCACUGGCUAGGGGUUUUUGUUAGACGGGCUUUGAUGAGAAAUGUUGUGACAUUUCAUGAACACCAGACUUCAUGUCAUACACCCUUACUUUGAAGACACAAUACAGUUUGUGAGAAUUGCUCACAGCAUGUGUGACCCAUCAGAACUUUACCAAGUCUGGAAUGGUAGACCAACUUCAUAUGAGUCACAUCUGUAGCUUAUCCUGACUGUCAGUGCUCUCCAACCAAAUUGCUGGUGCUAGUCACAAACUUACGUAAUUUGUCAGGUGGAAAAGUCUAAAAACAAUGUGACCACUGACAAUAACACACUGAAAUAUUCUUUAGUUGUGCAUUUGUUUUACUCUAAAAGUAAAUGAAGUACCACGAGUUGAGUUUAAUGAGAUUCAUCUUCAGUUUGUCGUAAUGAGCAUGAUGGAUCGUAUUUACUGCAGAUAGAGGUGUCUUGGUUCAUUUUCUUUCAUUCAUCUGGUUGACUGGUAGCUAGAUGGUAGUAGUUAGACGUUAGAUGUUCUUCCCAUAUCGCAAGAAAAUCCCCAAAGCAGGAGCUGGAAGCAAAAAGGAACACAUUGCAGUUCAAUAAUUAUCUAGCAUAUAUGUAAAAUUUAUGUACUGGAUAAUGGAAGAAAUGUUUAAUAUAGAAUUUUCUGUCAAUCUGAAGAAAUAUAUCAACCAUUUUAAAGUGGCUAAAAAAACAAAACAUAAAACACAAAUGAGUAUCUAAGGAUACUUCUAUUUGAUUUCUUGCCAACAGGAACCAUAAAUACACUCAUUCUGAUUUGUCAGGGAUAUUUAAAAAAAUUCAAAGAAGAUUAUUUUAAGUCAUCAUAAAUAAUAGUGUCUGUAGUAAAAUGCUUUCUGCGCUUGUUGAAGAAUAGAAGGCUAACAGCUAGUCAGUCCCAUCCUAAUUUUAGCUCUUUUGAACAAUUCAAACUGAAACGAUUAUGAUCAAUUUGAUACAAUGCUAUGCUUGUCGAUAUAUAAUUUGUACAAUUUCACUAGGGAUGAUUGAUAUUAAUUUUGUUGCUGUUUUCUCAAACUACAUCUGUGUUGCAAUGCAAAAGCUACAACAUGGAGGCUGCUAGCUGUAUCAGUCUGCCUUAUCAGCUGCGACUUAUCAGUCGGCUCUUACUAGUUAGCUUUCACCACUCAAACUACUUUACUCACUUUUCUACAAACUUAUGCCGAUAAGACAUCGCUCUGCUACAGGUAUAAUGAGCCUUGAAAAUUGGAUUGAGGUUAAUUCUGUUAGCUAAUUGUCAUAGUCAGGUUAGCCAUUUUUGGCUGCCUGAGGUUAUUAUGCUAAACUAAGCUAAGUAAAUGCGAACAGCUACUUAGAACUGCACAGUAUAGCAUAUUACUGCAAUUUGUUAAUGCAAUAUCAAUGAGGGCAAUAUUUGGUAGCUAUAAUUCAGGCAAUAACACUUUAUGUUGUGUGUCGACAGCUGAAAUAGACUUUAAUUGAUUUAAGUUGUACAAAUUCUAAGAUUCUAAAACAUGGCUUAACCCUAAACGUUAAUUUCAUCACAAUAUCCAACAAUAACUGACAAUGUUAUGUUUUCCUAAUAUUGUGCCGCUGUAUGUGCUACUAUGUUUGGCAGUAUACUAUGCAUACUUUGUUUUUCAGUCAAAAAAAAUCUAUCUCCUUUUUCCUUUUAACAUUUUUCAUUGAUGGCAACAGAACACAGAGGAUAAAAGACCUGCCCAAACACAACCCACAUUACACAUAAUGUGCACAGAGAUGUGCAGAUCACAUCUGGAGCAAGCAGUAGAUUCAAUUGUGUUUUGUUUUUCUUUUUUUGGGAGCAGUCUGUUGGGGCAGAUGGGAGGGGGGUUACCCUGUUGGUACAAUGUGUAAUUAGUUGGUUGUCAGUCACAGACAGCUUUGCUUGAAUAGACGGAAUCGGGAUGAUUGAUGGAUAAGAAAAAAAUUAUCUUUCAGCUAACGUCUCAUGUAUUCCUGGGUACAAUUUGGUGGUUUGUCAGUGGGUGGCAUGAUGCAGAGUCACAUUCGCUUCAUUUCGAGGAGGAACAACUGAAUUUUAACCCCCGAAGAUGAAUUAUUUCGAUUUUCUUAUCAUUGUAUUCUGUGACUUUACAAAUAAGCAGCUGACAAAAUCAAUCAAGAGGACAAGCUGUAGUCAUGUUAAAGAGAAAGUACAUCCUCUUUUAUCACUGUUUUCAUUAUUACUUCAACAGAUGACUGGAUGUUUUAAACUAAGCAUCUUUGAGUUGGUCUCAGCUAUUCAAUUAUUCUAGAAAUCUUGCGAUGAAUUCAGUUUUAGCUUUUGAAAUUUGCCGUUGGAAGAACCAGCGAAUUGCCAGAUCUGCUGCUGUAAUCAAGCUGGUCAGAUUUGCUCUUCAUCAGGUAAUCUUUAGCAUUUCAUUUAGUAAUGGCAGCUAUGUUCUAUUUUCUAGUACCAGAAAUGGUGCACUUAAUUUCCUGUAUUACACUACUCUGUUUUGGCUUUAAGUUUGUUUAAUACUUAACGAAAAUAUGAUAUUUGUUGUGCAUUUUGUGGAAUGGGGCAGUCUAUUCGCCCCGCUGCUUUAUUGUACUUUUGUGGUUUUGAUCCUUUCACACCAAACUUUUUUGGAUACAAAAUGGAGUCACACGCCUCAGUAUUGUUCAUCCUGGUCAUUGUCGGUUUGUACCCACCUAUGGGCAUUUUACUGUUGCUGUGGCAACCAGUGUUUUACGUCGUGGUUUAUUUAAUCUGCUCAUUAGAGGUUGCUAUGUGACUCCAGUAAAUAUCUACUGGCAGGAGGUUGCUUAGAUUUACUUUAGACUGACCCAAACUAGGAUCAAAACCAAAACAAUGGAAGUAAGGUGUGAUAUAAAGUUAUCAAAAAUAUUGCAAGUAGAAUUAAAAUAUAC